UUACGUACAGCUGCUGCAGGAGAAGCCAAGCCCCGCCCACCGCGGCUCGACCCACUGCGGCUGCGCCAACUGGUCCCACCGGGGAGCAGCAGGAGGAGGCAGCGGACAGGGAAGCUGUCCAGUACAUCUCAGAGCUGCUCCAAAGCUCCAAGUCCAUGGCUCGAUUGGCUGGACGGGCUCGCUUGUCUUUGUCCCACACCGUGCUGCUGUCUCUGUCCCUGCUCUCCGAACGGGUCAGCUACCGCUCCGUGUCCCGCCGCUUCCGGCUGGAGAAAGGGAACAUCCACAGGAUCUUCUUCUCUUUCUGCGAGCGCAUCGGCGCGCUCCGGGAGCAGCAAAUCAGGUGGCCCGUCGGAGAAGAGGCCGCAGAGGCGCUGUCCCCGUUGUCCAGUCUGGUUGUAAAAACGGGGCAGGACGACGGCCGUAGCAUCCCUCGGGUUUUGGGAGUACUGGGACAAACACAGAUUCCUAUCCGCCUGCCUGUGUGGAAGCAGGACCCGGAGAGCGGGCGACCAGCGGAGAAGAGAACGAAGGAGGCCCAUCCGGACUGCUGGUUGAACCUGGAGCUGGUGUGCAGCCGUAGAGGCCAGUUCCUGCACUGCAGAGUCAGUAAAGGCUCAGACGUGGACGGAGGCCGGAGACUGAGGGACCGCCUCAAGCAGAACCCUGCGCUGAUGCCUCCGGGCUCCUGCCUGGUAGCCAGAACCGGAUAUCCUCUGACUGCACAGAUUCUGACCCCUUACACAGGAGGCCGAGGACCCAAACAGGAGCUCUUCAACCAAACCUUGGAGGAACACUGCCGGGUCCUGGACCGGGCGGUCGGCAGCCUGAAGGCCAGAUUCAAACGCCUCACCUAUCUGGACAUCGGAAACUACGACCGAGCCAGAACCGUCGUCCUGACGGCUUGUGUGCUGCACAACGUGUUCGUAAAGAUGGGACACGAACUCCAGGGGGAGUCCGAGACAGAGGAGGAGGUUCUAGCCGCGGCGGAGGACGGGGAGGAAGAUGAGGAGGGCGUACAGAGACGGGAUGCAGUGGCGGAUUUGCUGUGGACAAGUGUUAACUCUGGAAACACGUGAUAAUAAAGCUUUUUGUUGCUAGAU